AACAGGAAGUGCAGAGGAACACAGAGCAGGCCAGCUCUUAAGCUCAAGCUACACACACAAUAGAUCAAUUUCUCAGUUGAAGGUAAGCUUUUCAAGCAUGUUUUAUUUAUCAGCUUUCACAUAAUCAAAAGCAGACACCACACUUUCAGUGGAAGCUGAACACUUACGUUUUGGCUUGUUUGUAAGCUGUCAGUUGAAAUGAGGCAGUUUGAAAAGUGCUUUACUGCAGCUGAGGUAAGUGAAAUGUGCAUUUUUUCUGGCAGUCCCUCUCUGCUGAGUCAUACGAAUGGAAUGAUGUCCUCCAUUUUCCCAUUAGAUGGCAAUUCAUAGUCUAUACUGCACAAACAAUACAUUAUGUUCUGUUGUGUCCUUUCAAUGUGCAGACUAUGGAGGGAACUACAACACAAGAUGAAAUGCACCAGGAGGAGAAGGAAACAUCAGGAAGCAGUGAAGGAGGGUGGACAGAUCCAAAGGAACGAGAGUUGAGACUGGUGCUGCUGGGCUCAGCGGGUAAAGGGAAAAGCACUGCGGUCGAUGCCAUCCUGGGCGGCCCGACAUCUGAGUCCGACUGUCCUGGCCCUGAGACUCCAGUCACUGCCUGUCAGAAGAGACGCGGCACGCUGGCAGGACGACAGGUGUCUGUCGUGGACACACCUGACUGCCUGUGCAUCGAGGGUCCCACUGAGGACGUCCGCCGCCAGUUUUCACUCUGCGCGGCUUUAUCGGCCCCGGGGCCCCACGCUUUCCUGCUCUGUGUCCCUGUUCACCGGCCCAGCAACCUGGAGCUCCAGAUUUUGGAGACCAUCGAGAAGGUGUUUGGUCCUGAAGCAGUUAGUAAACAUGCAAUGGUGCUCUUCACUCGCAUGGACCGCCUGCCCGAGGAAGUUUCACUGGAUGAGUAUCUCAGCACAGAACGGGUCGACUUACUGGAGCUCGUACAGAAGUGCGGGGAUCGACAUCACCCGCUGCGGGCAGGAGCGAACGCAGAAGAGAAGGAGCUGGAGGAGCUGCUGAUAAAGGUGGAGCAGAUGGCCAAAGAAAGCGGGACGCAAUUCUACACCUGCCCUCUCUUGAAGGAGGCAGAGAGGAGAGUGAAAGAGAAGGAGGAGGAGAUCUUGAGAAGCAGAAGAGAAGGAGUGGAAGACGAUUCGGAGGGAAUAAGGGCCGAAGCAGAGAGAAGUGUGGACGAUCUGGUGGUUGAGGGAAUCGCAGACCUCUGCGUCUCCACGCCUGACUCCUCAUUCUUACGCCGGUUGUGGGACAGCGUGGUCGGGUGGCUUCUGUGGCUCCCGAAUAUGGUGAGGGGCAGUACUUUACUGGGGUCGUUCGUGGGGUUGUUCGUCGGGGGGCCCUUAGGAGGGGCCAUGGGAGCAACGGUGGGCUCUGUGGCAACGGAGAUGGGUAGACGGAAACGAAAAACCAAUUGAGCACUUGAAUUUGGUAACAGCUUAUUGUAUUUUUCAUUAUCAUGAAACAUCAAAAAACAGAUCAGAUUAUACAUUCCAAUGUGAAUAUAGAAUUGGGUAAUGAACACUAUGAAAUG